ACUACGAUUUUGUUUUGUCAAAAAAAAAAAGCGUUUCAAUUAGCUAGGCUUAGGGCAACGCCAUAUUGACAAUACCACUUGAUACAUUUCUGCAAUAAUGUCGAAGGUUAUUUAUUAAUCAACAUUUGACGCGAGAGAUGGCGCACACGGAAGGACUGGAAAAUGCCAUGGGAGAGUGUUCAGGAAAACAGGGGUCGACUCUUGGCCUGAGAAGUCGACCAUGCUCCAGCGAAAGAGAUGGCCAGGUCCGCGUUGUUAAAGCCUCGCUUCAGCAGAGACUCGGACCUUACGAGCCGAUGUUGACCUACCUACAGUCCGUUCUGGUGUGGGAAAGGCCGUUUCAGAGUGUGCUACUGUACACAGUGGUCAACGUUGUGUUCUGGUUCUUUGCCCUGACCUCGCUGCGCCUGCUCUUCCUGCUGUCCUCUGGCCUGCUUGUAUUCAUCUGCGUUGACAGCUGGAGGAACAAGAUCUGGCCUGAGAUCAGAGUUAAAAAACCUGAUGAGUCUGAAAAUGAAAGCUGGGGCCUGGUGCAGCCAGGGUUGCUCAGUGUUCCAGAGCUGUGUCACCACAUUGCUGAGGUCUGGGUCUCUGGGCUGGCCUUCACAUCCAGCCGGGUGCAGUUCAAACGCCAGAACCCUGGCAAGUUCUGCCUCCUGACCUGUGCCCUCUUGUCCUGUCUGGUCAUGGUUGGACGGUACAUUCCUGGACUGGUGCUCUCUUACGCUGCGGUGCUGGUUGUUCUGCUGUGCCCCCUGGCAGCGUACCACCAAGUGUGGCAGCGUGUGUGCGUGAAGCUGGAGCCAGCCCUGCAGUGGCUGGACUUCAGCGUUCGCGGGUAUAUGAUGUCAAAGCCCAUCGACAACCAGUUCCUCCGCCAGCCAAUUCGGGGUGCAGCAUCUGGUGAUGACAGUGAGGAGGAGCUUGCUGCAUUCUGCCCGACGUUUGACGAUGCUAUAGUGGCCAAAGAACUUGCGAUGACCGACUCUGAGCACUCUGACGCUGAGGUCUCGUACACAGACAAUGGGACCUUUAACCUGUCCCGUGGCCAGACUCCUCUCACAGAGGGCUCAGAAGAUUUUGAUAGACACAGCGACAAUGAGGAGUCGUUUGCACGAGACCUCAAUGACUUCCCCUCAAUCAACCCAGACGCCACCCUGAUGGACGAAGACGACGACUCAUGCAUCGGGCUGCCCAGCCUGGGUCUUCGGCCUGGGCGGACUGGCCCCCGAACCACGGCCGAGCUGCUGGAUGUGGAAUCCCACCUGGACUCUGACCAGGACGACCUGGACGAGGAGCUCUCCUUUGGCGGCCUCCCCCCCGCUUCUGACUUCCUCGGAGGUGACCUGGCUGGAAUCCUCGCUAGCAACAUGAUUCAGGCGGCACUGGCUGGGGCCAUGCAGCCUCGUCCCCCUGCCGCCCGCAGAGAAAGGGUGGGGCCCACCAGAGCAGGGACCCAUAGGGGCUACCGCAAGCAGUCUAGCUCGGAGAUGGACACGGACUUGGACGGAGAGGACUUUGAGAUGCUGGACCAGUCGGAGCUGAACCAGAUGGAUUCCUUUGGGGGUGCAGGAGGACGGGGAGGAGGGCAGGGUGGGGGACAGGGGUCCAGCUUCCUCUCCAACCUACUGGGGAAACCCCAGUGAGGCUCCUCUAUCUGUGCAUAACAAUCAAACUAAGUCUUUGUGUGUGAUUGAGUGAUUGUUGUCUUGUUUUGACUGCGUGUAUGUGUGAGUCAUUUUAAUCGUAGGAUCCAGCAGCCAGGCUCCUGAUUGGCCUCAGUUGAUAUCACUGUGAAGUACUUCUGAUUUCUUUAUUUUUCUAUCUCACUUUUCAUGUUCUUCCUUUAGUCUGUAGCUUGUAUGUGUAAGCCACCAUCAUUCAGAAAGUCUUCUUUUGCAGGCUGAGCAAUAGGAAACUCAAAGUAUAAAACCUCCAUCUGUUUUUGAAACAGCAUUACGGAACCACUUCUCUGUACUGUCAUCCAGUAUGCCCUAGUGAGUAUUACGUUUAAAAAAAAAAAAAUGUUUUAAGUGGACCACUAGGUUAGUAUACAAACUUCCUAAAAUGCUAGACACACAGGGCUAUUUAAUAUGGGACCAACUUUGACAUUCCUAUUGAUUAGUGAUGUUUUACUACAGCAAUGACCUUGUUUUGAAUAGUUUUAGCAAUAUCUGACUGGUACUCUCUUUUAGUAAAAACGACUGCUUUCAUUUUAAGAUUCUCUAUUAGAAACUAAGUCAAUAUUAGUAGUGAUAUUUUUUUGGGAUCAUUCUUGAUUUGAGACAUGGAUUUGUUUUGAGUCUGAAAUCAUUGUUUUAAAAAAAGGGGAUUGGCAUUUUAGUUAAAUGUGUUUUAUCAUCACAAUACGUCACUUUUAUCAAGUUAACCUGUUCCUUGUAUCCCUUCUCCCGGGCAUUCCCAAUCCCUGUCACCAUCUUCACUCAUUUUUGCCGAUCCUUCUCCGAGGAUAAUCUAUAGAAUAGACAUUCAUAUGUAAGAAGUACAGAAUAUAAGCCUUUAGUUUAACCUCUAAACUCAUGCAUGAACCACAUUUUGUUAAACGUCUUAAGAAAAUCAUCAGGAAAACGUGUUUACAUUGAUGGGUGAACAAAAUGCUGGUAUACAAAACUCAACCUGAUUAGCCUUUUUUAAAAGUGUGAAUAUGUAAAGGAGAAUAUGUAAAAUGCUUGUCUUUUAAACUAGGGUGCAGUAAAUGUUAGCCUAGUCUUUCUUUGUGUGUGUGUGUGUGUGUGCAGGUCAGCAUGAUUAACCUGCGAUGGGCAAACAAGAUCCUGCUGCUUUUGUCUUUUCAUGGACACCAUCUAAAUAGGAGUGAUUCUUCUUGGUCAUUGAAACUCAAAUGACUCAGAGAUGGGUUUUGCUGACGUAGCUGGAUCAAACAAUCAGAAAGAGACUAUGCUGGUUUAUAUAUUGCCCAAUAAUGCGAUUUGUGUUGUAUAGAAAAUCAUGACUGUGGGAGAUUUCAUACAAUAGAACUUCUGGAUCCCCCUGUUCAUGGACAUGGCCCAGAAAACAGAAUUGGUCUGAUCUGAAAAGGUUUGGGAUUUUAAUUAAAAAGAGUGAAUGUACAUGACUUAUUUUGGACCACUUUAGUUUAAAUAGGGGUUGUUGCAGUGUCGCUUCAUGAAGACUGCCAGGCAAUUCUUCAUUCUUAGUAAUGUGUUCAGUACAUUGUUUUGUUUUUUCUCUGACAUUGGUUUUGAUGUGCAAAUCUUAUUAAAUAUGAAGUCUGUAUUAAA